GAAAGCGCCCUGACAUUCCCCAAUCUACACAAACAGGUGCUCUCCGCCCUGUCUGGCGCCAUCAGUCCCAGACCUUGGUUCAACAAAGCCGGCUCAGACAACGCUGCAAUCGACGACUAUUCGACCAACGUGCGGGGCCGCUUCCGCUGCGCCAACACAGCCUGCCGGCAAGCCGGCUGGGGCAGCGGGCGCGUCGCCAUCCUGAUCCGGCAUUAUCCCCGGAAUGGGUACAACGCCGUUGUGUUCAACCAGCGGUGCAAGUCCUGCGAGCGGCUGGGUGUGCUGACGCUGGACGAGCAAUCGUAUGUGGAUCGGGUGGCGUACCGGUUGAAGAAGUGGGCAGGAGUCAAAGUCGAACGGCCGCCGUAUGCACCACAUCGCGGCCCGGAACAUGAGGAGGAGCUUUGUGAAGGGUGUAAGAGAGGGGUUUGCCGG